AUGCUGGGCGUCGUGGAGCUGCUGCUGUUGGGGGCUGUGUGGCUGGCAGGCCCAGCCCGCGGGCAAAAUGAGACAGAGCCCAUCGUGCUGGAGGGCAAGUGUCUGGUGGUGUGUGACUCCAACCCCACGUCUGACCCUACGGGCACUGCUCUGGGCAUCUCCGUGCGCUCGGGCAGCGCCAAGGUGGCUUUCUCUGCCAUCAGGAGCACCAACCAUGAGCCGUCCGAGAUGAGUAAUCGCACCAUGAUCAUCUACUUCGACCAGGUACUAGUGAACAUCGGGAACAACUUUGACUCAGAACGGAGCACUUUCAUCGCCCCGCGCAAAGGGAUCUACAGUUUUAACUUCCACGUGGUGAAAGUCUACAACAGACAGACCAUCCAGGUGAGCCUCAUGUUGAACGGGUGGCCGGUGAUUUCAGCUUUCGCCGGUGACCAAGACGUGACCCGCGAGGCCGCCAGCAACGGCGUCCUCAUCCAGAUGGAGAAAGGCGACCGAGCAUACCUCAAGCUGGAGCGGGGGAACUUGAUGGGGGGCUGGAAGUACUCAACCUUUUCUGGAUUCCUCGUGUUUCCCCUCUGACUGGCUCGUAACGGGAAUGGAGGCAGGAGAAAGGCAGGAGGGGAGUGAGAAAGAGGCCGAAAAUUACCAGGGCGAGGAAGCGGCGCCACCGGAAACUUCCUACGUGUUCCUAGCUACGACUGGGUACAGAGGUGCGCGCCGCCCGCGGUCCAGCUUCGUCCGCUCCCUUACUAAGAGAAGUAAAUUUCGCUUAGCUCUGCACACUCUUAUUUCCAAAAAUAAACUCGCCUCCCCCAAGCCAGUCGCAGUAAUCGAGGAAGAGACUGCCUUGUCAUUGUUCCUUACCCACGUCCACGUCCCCAACAAUUAACGAAGUAAUGUGAAAUGUUUCUCCCGACCCGACCCCUCCCAACCCUGCCACUUACUGAAACUUAGUAUGCCCUCCCCCCCCCCCACCAGUUUGAAGAGGGGAUCAGUUUGUUUUCUGUUUCUGUUUUUGAAUGGGGCAGGUAGUUUUAAUAUAACAGGUUUUGCUUUUCAAACGCGCGAGUUAAGCUGUGGAGACGUCCUCAGCUGCUUGUUAGCGGAGGAAGGACUCGCCUUCGUGGUGACUGGUUUAACUAUACAUAAAUAUGUAUAUGUAUCAUUUGUACACGAAGAACUCUUACGGGUGGACGCUGGCUGUAUUCCGUAUUUCUGUCCUGUUCGGAGUGAUCGUGAAAUCUAAGGCUGCUUGGUGUUUGUUUUCUGAUGCUUGUCAAUGCCCCGUGUUCUGUGGCUCCACCAAACGCCAACGAGGUUCUUCGGGACGCUUCCUCUCCCUCUGUAACAUACGUGUGAAUAGCCAAAAUUUAAUUUUGCUUUAAUCCAAUAAAGUCAAAAGUGGGACUUUUAUUUUUCUGAAACAGCUUUCUAAACUUCGCAUUUUCCGGGUUGCGAGGUUGAGGGCUUGGGCUGCCCAAGACGGGCGGAGAAGCAGGAGACUUGGAAGAUGCAACC